UACACUGGUCCAACAUUCAUAAAAGCCCAAGGAUGCCACAAAACCCUACCAACAGAACCCCAAAAGCUUUUACCAUUUGACGCAUCCCCCAUCGCAGACGCAGAGAGUCGGCAAAUAGAGGCGAAAAUGGUGGUUUACAGGUUCCAUCAGUACCAGGUGGUCGGAAGAGCUCUGCCGACGGAGACGGAGGAGCACCCGAAGAUCUAUCGCAUGAAGCUUUGGGCCACCAAUGAGGUUCGCGCGAAGUCCAAAUUCUGGUACUUCUUGAGGAAGUUGAAGAAGGUGAAGAAGAGCAACGGUCAGGUUCUUGCCAUUAACGAGAUCUUUGAGAAAAACCCGACAACUAUAAAAAACUACGGUAUCUGGCUGAGGUAUCAGAGUCGGACAGGCUACCACAACAUGUACAAGGAGUAUCGUGACACGACUUUGAAUGGUGGUGUGGAGCAAAUGUACACUGAGAUGGCUUCUCGACACAGGGUUCGCCACCAUUGCAUUCAGAUCAUCAAGACUGCCACUAUCCCGGCCAAGCUCUGCAAGAGGGAGAGCACGAAGCAGUUUCACGACUCUAAAAUCAAGUUCCCUUUGGUGUUCAGGAAGGUGAGGCCACCCACCAGGAAGCUCAAGACCACUUACAAGGCAUCCAGGCCCAACCUGUUUAUGUAAUUUUCCCAUUCAAAAGGGGAUAAGAAGGAAUUAUCUGUGUUUGUUUUAAAGAACAGAAAAAUCUGUUAUUGACUUUUGAGGAUUGUUCUCGGUUGUGGAAUCAUUUGCCCUUUUUUAUUUUGUUUGGUGUAAGGCGCGAUUUUGGCUCGUCGUGGAUUUGGAGUUAUGGAAUGCAAGCACAAUGAAAGCUUUUUAUUUUAUUUUAUUUUAUUUUCUUCAUGUGGAGAUUUUUCUAAAAUGGCAGCAAUAUUUCGUAUGAGAUA